AUUACGUAAUACCAGUUAUCAGUACGUAGCGCUUAUCGACGUUCCCUCUCGCCGUACGUCUCUGUCGUUUCGGUUCCAGCGUUCUUCCAGUCGUUCCGUUCCAACGUCGUCCGCCGACUAAUCGCGACGGUCAUUAGCGUCGGGCCUGAUACAGCGACGGCCGUUGUAGUCGUUAACUGUUGAACAGAUAAAUAAAACCAUGCAAAACGUAUUCAACACCGUGAAAGGUACUGCACUAGGCUUCGCUGGAUUUUUGACACCGGUCUUAAAGGAAUCAAAAUUUAGAGAGACAGGUGUUGUAACACCACAAGAGUUUGUCAUUGCAGGUGACCAUUUGGUGCAUACAUGUCCAACAUGGGAAUGGGCUUGUGGCGAUGAUAACAAGACUAAAUCUUAUUUGCCAAAAAAUAAACAGUUUUUGAUUACAAAAAAUGUACCAUGUGUCCGGCGGUGUAAACAAUUAGAGGACUGUGAAAUUCAAGAAAAUAUUGUUGAGUCUGAAGAAGGGAAUGAUGGCUGGGUUGAAACUCAUCAUUUUGAUUCGUUAUUAUCACCUUUAAGUGAACAAAUAUCAGACUUAUCAUUUUCAGAAAAUUCCAGCAAUUUAAAUAUUGGAAAUAAAAACGAGGAUAAUCAAGUUUCCAGUAAUGUAAAUGUAGAUAUUAAUAGUUAUUGUGCAGAAGAUAAUGAUGAUAAUGAAGAUGAAGGUGAAGCUGUAGAUAUGGAUGCAUUUGUAGAAAGUGGCUUACUUGAAGAUGAUUCGGUGACUGUUUAUCCAGAAAAAGUAAAAGAUAAAAAAUUACCUAGUACAUCUGAUGAUGAAAUAUUAAAAACCAGAACAUAUGAUUUACAUAUUACUUAUGAUAAAUUCUACCAAACUCCAAGAUUGUGGCUUUAUGGUUAUAAUGAAAAUCAAAUACCAUUAAAUGUUGAAGAAAUGUAUGAAGAUAUAAGUCAAGAUUAUGCUAAGAAAACGGUUACCAUGGAAUCUCAUCCUCAUGUCCCUGGUCCUUCGAUGGCUUCUAUACAUCCUUGCAAGCAUGCCGAUAUUAUGAAAAAGCUUAUACAUAUGGUGACAGAUGAAGGCAGAAAUUUAGAAGUUCACAUGUAUUUAAUUAUAUUUUUGAAAUUUGUACAAUCAGUCAUACCAACUAUAGAAUAUGAUUAUACUCAAAAUAUUAACUUAUAGUUUUAAUUAAGUUAUUAAAAUAUUGUUGUAUGAAAAUAUUAUGCUAUAAUUUGUUUUAAACCCAUAGUAUUUUGUAAAUCAAUUAAGUUCAUUUAGUAUACUCCAUAAGAUUUGUCAACCUUAUUAUAUUUU